AUGUCUGGAUUUGACCCAGAGGAUCUGAUUGUGGAUGUGGGGUACUGGUUUAAGGGAAGCACCAACCGUAAAGGUGACCUUGCAGGUUUGUGAUUCAACCAGCUCUAUUGUUGUACAACAGAUACAAAUAUUUUUUAAAUUUCUUUGCUUUUGAUGAUGUGUAUAUUUAUAUAUUCCAGAAUUUUGUGACUUCCAUGGGAGCGAGUAUAUGGAGACUCUGCUGCAUAUUUCAGUGCGGUGGUUAAGCCUGGAGAUGUUCAUCACACGAGUUCUGUGGCAGUCUGGGCCACUUACCAGCUACUUUAAGUCUUUAAGUAUGUUGUUUAUUUCAUUGACAGUAGUACAGCUGCAUUAAACCGGACUAAAUACAUAAUUUUAAGCACAACUCUUUUUUAUUUACAGAUGAGAGUCAACCAAGAUUUAGAAGACUGGUGGAUGCAUUUUCCAACCCAAUGACAGAGGUCUACCUCCUCUUCUUCCAAUCAGUGCUUCCAGUGUUCUCUGCACUGAACCUCCUUCUCCAGAGAGGAAAGUCUUCCAUCUUCCUGCUCCACGGAGAGGUAAAAUGCACGGGUUGGCCUACUCUGCUGCCUGUCUGCUUAUUUUUGAUUGGCUCAUAAGUCCCUUUUUCAGUAUUUCAUGCAAGUAUUUUAUUAACUACAAAUUUGCAGAUGACAAAGUUCAUCAAGAAACUGUGUGCAAGGUUCAUGAAGCCCUCAGCACUCCAGGGCCGCGAAGUCCAUGACAUCGCCUACAAAGACCCACAAAAUCAACUACCAGGUAAUACUUUUAAGUCUCAAAUAGCUUUGGGGAAGACUGUUGUUAUGAGUUGGGUGAUAAAUCUGAUGUGAUGGAAAAGACAGUCCAUGGGUAAAAUAGCAUGUUUACAGAGGCAUCACUUGCAUUUAUUGUGUAUAUCUUGCUGAAUCUGUGCCCACACUGUAUGUUUGUCUAGUCUUGCAUUAAAAUGCUGAUCGCCAAGUCCAAUUCUGGUGUGUCUACCCUGAUGCAUUUAGUGAACAAAAUAUGAUUUUGUUUCUGGGGUAUUGUUCAAUGUACUUAAUUAUCUUUAUCUCUGUCCAGCAGAGGGCUGAGUGUGGGGUGGAAGAUGCCCUAUACUUUGUAGACAGGCAAGGGUUUCCACAUUUUCCAGGAUUUCAAAUAGUUAAUACUUUAAUUAGUUCUUCACACAUGGUGCUUUUUUUUAGAUUUCAGGAACUACUUCCAUUCCAUGGGCCACAGGAACAGGAUAAGGUGAGUGAGGAGUUCCUGGACUACCAACUCAUGGACAUCCCUAUGCCCCAAGAUCCCACCACCUUUAAUGUUGAGGAGUUUUGGGGUAGUAUGUCCUCAACAAAGAGCAAGGUAAGAAAUAGUUUGCACCACAUGGCAUAAAUAAUUAAUAUGAAAUAAUAAAAGCUAAGCAUUAGAGUAAUAGACACUCUUGGUUUAUUUUUUCAAAGGUGACCGGUUUGAGGCAGUUUGGGAGGCUGUCCAAGAUAGCUGCAUUGGUGCUUGUGCUCCCACAUUCAAACGCUGAUGCUGAAAGGGUGUUCUCCAUGGUUGGACUAAACAAGACCAAAACAAGAAACAGUUUGGCACUUGACGGCACUCUGUCAUCAAUCAUGACAGUAAAAAUGGCCAGUUUGGAACCACAGUGUUUCAAGUGGGAGCCACCAACCCCUGUCCUAAAAGCCUCAAAGCAAGCCACAAACACUUGCACUAAAAUAACACACACACACACACACACACACACACACACACACACACACACACAGAGUAAAUUGCUGAAAUCAAUAAAUAUAUUUGUUUGAAUGAAUUUAUGCGUCAUUUGUCAGUCAUCCAUCACCACCUCAACCAAAUCCCCACUGCCGCUGGUAAAAUCUCACUCUGAACUCCCUUCAAAACUUGAGAGCCCUGCAAAUGUCAUCAAUAACUAAUAGAUAUUGACUAAUAUUAAAAGCUUUUCCUAUAUGCAUCACAAAAAAAGAUGCUCUUUUAACUACCCCACCUUUAAAUGUUCCAUAAAUGAAACUCAGAUCAAUCUGUGAUCAUUAUCAUGCUGUUCCUGUCAAUAGUUCACAUACUUGCUCCAUUAUCUCUGUCACUGUGAUCAAACAUCUGAAGGUACUGUUGUUGUUUGUUUCUAUCCGUCUCUUUUACUCUGUCUCUCCCCUCUCUAAAUCCAGCUCAGUCUCAGCAGAUGACUGUCUUACAUCAGUCUGGUUCUGCUCAAGGUUUCUGCCUGUUAACGGAAGUUCUUCCUCUUCACUGUACCUUGAUAAAUGCUGCUAAUUGUUUGUCUUAAAAAGAUGAAUAUGGAUCAGAGUGGGUCUGAUCUUACAGGAUGAACUCAGUCUUACCUCGUCUUUCUGUUGGUCUUUGUAAAUAUCAUGAAUAGUUUGGUCUUGAUCCGCUCUCUAAAACAUAGUAAGAUAAAAUGUGUUGUGAACUAAUCGGUUGUAAUUGAUAAAGACUGAAUACCUUCUUUUACUAUUACCAGCUUUAAAAUCUACACAGAGCUUGUCAAAUCAAUGAAUUAUUCUCAUUUGUCCUCUUUAAAGGGAAAUUCCAGUAUUUUAAGUAUAUUAAGGUGGUGUUGUAUGAGUUACAUGUCAGUUGUAAGUGCAUUAGCCGUAAUGGCUGCAAGGUGUUCGGUAUACUACUGCUUACUAGAGAUGGGACUAACUUUGACCCCAGCACUCAUCCCAGUUUAAGUCAAUGUGCUACCUGAAUGUAAGUGUGUAAGUAGUUGAGAGAUUGAAGACAGGGGCUACCAGUGUUUGAUUAAGGCAGAGGGAUGACUUUGGUUCAAUAAAAUUAACAGUUAAAUGAAAUCACUUUUAUGGUCACAUGUGUUGUGAGGGUGAAAAGAAAAGCCUUGGUCGACGCUCCUUUAAAGCACAUGUAGCUACAACUCAGCUUCUCUUUGGAGCAGCUGUUGAUGUGUCACACUGCUAAGUCUGAGAGGAGUCUGUCUAUAGAUGAGUAACUAAUUGACCCAAAUGACUACUGAAACAACUUCUUUGGAUUAUUUAGGACAGUAUUAUUUUUGAGUGUAAGGCUGUGAUUUUGGUUCAAAUAAAUGUGUGCAUGAAAGUCCUAGAACUUCUUCUGUCAAUGCCUCACAGGCAGGUUUCCACGGUGUCAGGCACAUUUCAGUGCAACAAAUAAUCAACAACAACCAAUAUCCAGUGCAACUAUCUGAGUCUGCACAUACAUUUAGAUCUAUAUUGAUAUAUUCUGAUGUAUAUCUUUUCUGAUGAGCAUGUUUGGUACAUGUUUGGACCUGACAAGAUUAACACGGCUGAAACCGCAUUAAAUUAAAUAUCCAGUAAAUAGUCACACAUGAUGAAGUUAACAAGAUAUUUGCACAGCUUGACCCGAACACAUCUCUGUGUCCUCUCCCUGUCCUGCUGCUGCUGUGGCGACAAGGCUGACCAGGUGAUUUAUUUUAGUGAUCAGAUGAGUUAUUUACUUUGAAAAUAAAAGAAACUUUAAUUCAAAAUUACCUGUUUAUCUGAUGUUCUCACACCCUUAGAAUUCUGUGAAUAUUCAAUGUGGAGUUAGGCCCACUUACAAACAUUAUAAUAUUCAGCCGUGUGAGCCAAGUUCAUUUUAUAUGCCAACAUCAAUGACAGAAAGAGCCAGGCCACAUAGCGCAAUGCGUCAUUUACACACAGGUGGUUCUGAUUUUAAUGCCAUUAUUGGCAUUUGUUUAUGUUGUGAUCUGUGCGCACAACCCACCUUUGUCAUGUGGGGUUUAAAUAUAUUCAACUUGAUGUGAGUGUCUUUUUUGUGGGAAAGGGUGUUUGUCUUAAUGGUGGGUAUGACCUUACACACACCAAACCCCUCUGUGCUUAUUUGAAAGAGUUUGAAGCACGUGACGUCCUCCUUAAAGACUCCCUCCAAUGAAAAUCAUGUUUUUCUUGUUGUAUACAUGUUCAUUUGGCAUUUUUCUGAUGCUACAGGACAUAUCAUGAGAAAAGUAAGAAUGAAAUUAGAUUUCUGAGUACUCCUGCAUUCAAAUCACUGUAAAUCUCUGGCAGACCCAAAUGGCAGCAUCAGAUACAGUGAGGUUUCCUAUGUAACAAAUCCAAGCUCCACCCCCAGAGCCCUGCUAUACAGGUCAGACUCGGAAAAGUAGAGAGGAUGAUCGCAGAGCAAGUGUGUGCAUUAGCAGAUGACAAUGCUCGUAAGAAAGCUAAUUAUAGUAUUACCUCCCAUCAUGUCCCAAAAGACAUUAGUGUCCGAGAGCUGAAUAGCUCCUAUGUUACCUGCCACUUCCACUACACUGGCAAUGUUAGACUGGAAGCUAGCAUGAAGAGAAGUCUGUAGAGCAGCGCUGUCUCUGCCCACGACUCAGAGGGGAAUUGUUAAUGAGCUACUGGAGCUCUGCAGAAGAAAAACCCUUGAAAAUGUCACAGGUAACAUGAUUACGUGAUAAAAACAUCAUAAUCACAAUUCAAAGACCACUGAUAACACUUAUAGUCGUAAAAAAAAAAAAAAAACUAUCAGAGUGGGAGUUUUUAAGUGACACUUGUUGAGGGGCUACCUCUGGUCCCCACAGCCUGGCAUUGCUGUCUUUAGACAUCUCUUUGACUACUUCACGAAAUUAGCAAUACAACUUGCCAGUGGCAGAUGUAAGGUGAGGAGUGGAGCUGAUGUGAUUGGUGAAAAUCGGACUCGACCCCUCCCUUUUUCCUACUCGCCUAGCUGGAAGGAGCUGAGAUAAGGACGCGUUGUACUUGUGUUGGUCUGUGCCACUCACAAAAAUACCAAGGUGUGCUUGGGCAUCCCAUCGGCGCAGUGGACCUAACUUAGGCCAUGGUAGAGCCCAAAUGUGCUUGUUUAAAUUCAGGAAAAUCAAUAAUCAUUUUCAGUGUUCCUAACAAAGCAGAUCGAUUUAUAUCACUAGCAUUACUAAAACUAGCAUGCAGCACUACUGAAAACUCACUUUAUAAAUAAAUAUAAACACAUACUUUCAUGAUAAUUAUAUCUGUGCUUUGGAGUCAUGCUCAUAUGAUCACAUGUCAUUAUGUCUCUGCAGAUGUAUCAGAUAUCAUCAGAUAAUGACUCAGGCCAUAAAAAUAAAGAAGAUCACAAGGUGGGGUCUAAAAAUGAGUCUGGCCAAUAUUUAAGGAGUGAGGAAGUUUAAGGAACUGGUAGUUUAUUUACAGUGUGUCCUCUGGUGAUACAGUACACAUUUGCAUUUGAGCUGUACUGGGUCACUACAGGCAUGACCAGGGCUGGCAUAGAGGACAUUUUGGAGCCAGAUGUCUUACUGCUGACUGCAAAACAAAACGCUCUUUAUAGGGACAAUAAAGUAUAUAGUUAGGCUACUGCUUUAAAGUUGAGCAAAGCUAGUGUUGAAAAAUAGUCAAACUACUGUUUAUUUGGAGUUAAAGCUUUGUUUCUGAUGGCAGAGGCUGCUAUGUAAAACACCAUCACUACACAGCUUGUCCCCAACACACACUGCUGGCACAUCCACAGGGGAAAGUCCGAUGCUAUGUGUCUUGCCCCAAGAACACAUUGGCAUGUGGACAUCAGGAUCUAGGAUCAAAUCCCCAACCUCCCAACCUUCAGACUGAGAGAUCACUGCUGAAGCAGGGAUGGGAAUCAGUAACCGGGCCCAUAAAAUACCUGGUUCAGCAUUUUUAAAACCCAAUAGUCGAGUCUGCUAUCAAGUCUCAAGCAUCCUUUGAUUUAUGCCUUGAUUAAUGUCACAUCAUGUUAAUUAAAUAUCACAUAUACAUGUACUGUCUAAUCAAGUUUUUGUGAAGUUUUUUUUUUAAGUGAAACCAUACUCCUAAAACUUAUCAGAAAUGUGCAUAUUAACCUGUGCCAAACACCAUUCUUAGCUACUAUUGUACUUUACAAAACUUCACAAAAACUCCAGUAAAAAUACACUUAAUGACAUGAUUGUCACCUAAUGACACCAAAAAGUCCAAUUUUAUUGGAAUAUUUGGACCUUGUCUCACUGAACCUUCACUAUUCACACAUCGGGCUGUAUUUUCGUGCCUUGCCAGAGAUGUGCCGCAGGCGCGGCUUAAGUCAGGUCCGCCGCGCCGACAAGGCGUUCCCAAGCACAAUUUGGUAUUUUGGUGCAGCCCGGCGUAAGUAUCCCCCCUCCCUAACUCAGCUCCUCCCAGCGGCGUAAGUCGUAGCGAGGGAGGAGAGAGGGUGUGGAGUGGGUUUAACACAGCCGAGACCUGUAUUGACCAGUAACAUCAGCUCCUCUCCUCACCUUUUAAACUGCCACCGGCGAGGUGUAUUAGAAUUUUCGUGAAGUAGUCAAAGAGAUCAAGAGAUGUCUGAAGACAGCAAUGCCACACGAUGGCGACAGAAGGCGGCCCCUCAACAAGUGUCGCUGUAAACGCUGCAGAGGGCGUCCUUCACACUGUCUCAUAUGAGCACAGAUGGAUUUGGUGUGUGUAAUGUUGGACCCACUGGUAAGACAAACACCCUUUUCCACAAAUAAAGACACUCACAUAAAGUUGCAUAUGUUUUAACCUCAUGUGACAAAGGUGGGUUGUGCGCACAGAUCACAACACAAAUUCCAAAAUUGGCAUUAAAAUCAGAACCAUCUGUGUGUGAAUGACGCAUCUCGCUCCAUGGUCUGGCUCUUUCUUUCAUAGAUGUUGGCAUAUAAAAUAAAUUUGGCUCACAAAACUGAAUAUUAUAAUAUUCGUAUGUCGGCUUAAAGUAAAUAACUCAAAUAAAUCAUUUGUUCAGCCGCCGCAGCAGCAGCUGCAGCAGGACGGGGUGAGGACAUGGAGACAUGUCCAGGUCGAGCUGCGCGAGAAAUAAGAGGAAGAGGAAGAAAGAAAAGGAGGGAGCGGAUUACAUAUCUUGUUAACUUCUUCAUGUGUGUCUAUUUACUAGAUAUUUAAUUUAAUUUAAUGCGGUUUCAGCUGUGUUGAUUCGGUCAGGUUGUGUGUCCAAACCCGUGCCAAACGCGCUCAUCAGAUCAGAUAUAGAUCAGAAUAUAUCGAUAUAGAUCUAAAUGUAUGUGCUGACUCAGAUUAAUAGUUAUGUUUGAUUAUUUAUUGCACUGAAAUGUGCCUGACACUGUGGAAACCUGCCGGUAAGGCAUCGGUGACGUAUGCAGAUACGCCAGCGGUCUACCAAAAUACCACUAGACCAGCUGCCCUCCGCCUGCGCUGAAAGCUGACCAGGUUUGAAUUGGCGAGCUUUCAGCGCACUUUUAAGCCACCGGCGAGCACGAAAAUGUCACUGCGCCAGCUGAUUCGACACCUCCUCCUGCCUCGCCACCACACCCAGCUUGGCGGACCUCGGUGCGCCUCAGUCCACGAAAAUACCAAACUGGCUGUACGCCGGGCUCAGCCAGACGAAAAUACCACUGCGCGGGGUCUGCCACCCUCCGUCGCCUCACCGGCGGACAUGAAAAUAGAGCCCAUUGUCUUUCUGGUCUGAAGUUAUUAAGUGUCACAGUUAAGAUGAAUGAGAUUCAGUUUGUAUUUACUUUUACAGGCUCAUUUGUUGCUCAUAAAGAAAAAUCCACAUCAUUAUCUAAAGUCAAACCGCAUUAGGUCACAUUUGGUUGCUGCUUCAUGUGCCCCUGUUGGUCUCUGAUUUUCUAGUUUUAUGGUGGUUUUACUGGUGCACUCUUCUUCUAUAUCAGGUAUGACAUAACACACGGGUUUCAAAUAUAUCUUAUACACCAUGUUAGUAUAAGUCAAUUUUUUAAGGCUCAAGUGAAAAUUGUUUGUUUCCACACCUGCAGUUUAUCUAAAGUCUCUGAAAGAAACCAGGGAUGGGAGGAAGACAGAGAGAGGGGAAGCAGUGAGGAAGUACUUGGGAUGACUCAACAUGGCAAAGUGACAGAUGUUUGGUGGUUUGGAAACCCAGAGUGGAGUCUGUCUGGGAAACAAAAGAUGAUCCGGAGAGGAGGGUGGGGCGGUAUGUGGGUAUUAAUUCAUCCGUUAUAUCAUAUUUCUACAUUUGGUGCCACGUUUUCUUUGCAUUCGACACAGCAGAUUGCUGUUAAGGAAAGACCCUCCCAGCAGGAAAGAGAAGAUUUAUUUCCCCUGCUGA